AUGAACCUGGUGAUCGUCCUGCAGAGCGUGCGAUCAGAGCGCGAAGCCAACAAUCUGCCUCGCACGCAAGAUGCACCGCCGGUCUUGCCUACGCAGCUUGUCAAGCUGUUGCCGCAAAUGCUGCUUCGCAUGACGUACGACGAAGACGACAAGUUGCGCGCCGUCGAAAUUAAUCCAAAUCGCACGUGCUUAAUUCACCCCUCGCUGAAAGGCAUCUUCCAGACAAAUCAUCGCGGUGUUCUCGACACGUUGACACAGCGCAUGGCGCAAACAUAA